ACUUUCGACUAUUAGAAGAUUUUACUUAUGCUAACGAACAAAAUUUCGAUUUUUCUCACUGAAAAAUAUUUUCAAUCAGAUCAAUUCCUUUGACUGAAUUUUCAGUUGGGACUCAAGACGACGAGACUCAAGGGGACGAGUUGGAUCAAAGUCUCAAACGGGACAUUUUUGCAAUGACGUCUUUCAAUGUAACGUCAUGAGUUCUCGAGUGAGACUUGAAGUCUCAUGAAGACUGCCAACUGACCCCUGAAGUGUGAUCUCACAAUGAAAAGUGCUGAUAAAUAAACGUCACGUCAGCAUAUUUAAAGUGCUGAUGAUGAGUGCUGAUUCCUGGAGCCAAAUUGGUGCUCUGCAAUGGCCCCUGGUCAGUGUAAUUAUCACAGUAUCAGCUGGCAGCAACGCAUGCGCGUAUAUAACGCGUACAUUGUGCGCAUGCGCCACCGUACGAAACUACAACAGCGCCACUCGAGAGGAACCCUCUUUCCCGACACUUUUACGAACGUGCCCGAUCGCCGAGAUUGCACUCCUUACGUACAGUCUCCUUGGAAUUUAUACUGACGGUGAACAGAAAAAGGAAAUCCAGGAUGAAAAAGAAUUGCGCCUGAUGGAACGUCGCGAAGUAAUUUGGCAACAGCUGCAACUACGCGCAAUAAAAUUGAAGAUUGCCGAAGCUGAAGAACAAAUUGUUUUGCUAAAGCUUUCGAAUGCAAAGCCUUCGCAUAGUUACGACUGAGCAGCAGAAGCAUAGUCCGCUAUUCUAUGAGAUUAAUUUCAUUUUGUUUUAUUGAGUCUUAUGAAUGCACCACACAUAAAGAUGAAUUUUGUCAACAAAAAAAAAAAAUAUUUAGCCGUUUCGUGAUUGUGUAUUUUCUUUAAUAUUGAUUAAUACCUUACAAUGUGAAUAAUUUUCAGAUUCUUUUUCGGUUAGUAGUAUUGCGGAGUUAUUGACAAAUGUAUGAAAUUAGUUAUUGUUUUGAUAACGUCCAAAAUUUUUCAUCAUGUAAAACAAAUUGUCAUGUGGAUAGUAUUUGUUCAAUAGACUCAAGUGUCGCAGCUUUUUUUGGGGGGUCCACCCUAAUCAGACGGGCAAAAAGAGACUUAUUAC